GUAAGAUAGUGCCUUUCCUGGAGAACGCCUCCCAUCACUGCUCUAUACUCACUCUUUUGGCUAUUGGGUUUGAGCGUUACUACGCUAUCUGCCACCCUCUAAGAGAGACAGUUGGCUCACGCAUUGUCUCCACGACCAUUCUGCUGCCUGCAAUCUGGUUCAUUUCCUGUGGUAUCUCAAUACCGUUCGCCACCAUUACCAACAUCGAGAUGUCCCAUUACUACGACAACAGUAUUGUGCCGACGUGUCAGACAAACAUGAAAACUCAUAUGGCGCCUGCCUAUGUCAUCUUCAUCACCGUGGCCCUCCUGGCAAUCCCUCUUCUGAUUCUGACCGUACUCUACUCCGCAGUCAUCCGCACACUUCGCUCCAGCACGAACACAGAACUCAGCGGCAACAUUCGCGGUAACCAAGGACACCAGAGCCUGAAUCAAAGCAACGUGCGGAAUGCCCGAGCUAUGGCCAGCAGACGUCAAGUUGUCCGAAUGAUGGUUGGAAUAAUGAUCCUAUACUUCAUCUGCUUGGUUCCCUUACGUUGCGUCCAACUAUGGCUGGUGUUUGGACAGCCAUCUGACCUGGAAAAUCUAGGAUUUGAAGGAUUUUUAAACAUCUUAAACUGUGUUCGCAUUUUAGUUUUCAUCAACAGUGCGGGAAAUCCAAUCAUUUACGGAUUAUUAAGCUCAAAUUUUAGAUCAGCUUUCAGACAGCUUUUUAUGAAAAGUCACUCCAAUCAGGGAAGAAACAACACACACAACAGCAACUAUUACAACCACAAUUCGUACCAGAAGGGGCAACAUGAAACUACAGUUGAGGCUACUCAUCUCGACAGAUUGUCCAGUAUCAGGACUGCAACCAUCGGAAAGAAAACUGACGAGACUGAGCGUUUCAUGUGCUCAUCUAAGACCGUAGGGCCUAAUAUAAGAAACAUAAGUAACUUAACAUGCUCUAGUAACUCUAUUGAUCGAGUUAUGACUCCUGCGUUGAACCAGGCAGUUUCCACAUGGAGAGAAAAAGAUGCCACGACGAGCGGCUACAUACAUAUGAAACCUAUGAUAGCCUACGUUUAA